AUGAUCCAUGGGCCUUGCGGUAAUUCAAACAAUAGAUCACUCUGUAUGGAGUCAGGUAGCUGUAGCAAGAAGUAUCCUAGACCUUUCAUUCAAGACACACAGACAGGAGACGACGGGUAUCCAAAGUAUAGGCGAAAAGCUCCAGAAAAUGUUUAUUUUACUGUUGAAAUAAAUGGUAAGACACUUGAUAAUCGUUGGGUAGUACCAUAUAACUCAGUGCUUUCACGUACAUUUGGUGCUCAUAUUAAUGUAGAGUACUGUAACUCUGUAAAAUCUAUAAAAUACAUUUGUAAAUAUAGUACAAAAGGAAGUGAUCAAGCAGCAUUUGGUUUUGAAAAUGAUAAUGAUGAAGUCAAGCUUUAUGAAAGUGGUCGAUAUAUCAGCAGCUCUGAGGCUGUAUAG